AUUAUGUAAUUUUCUCUUGAUCUUUCAGAGUCUUCCUGCGAGCAAUUAAUCAGUAUGCAGAUAUGCUAAACAAAAAAUUCCUUGAUCAAGCCAACUUUGAGUUGCAGCUUUGGAACAACUACUUCCACCUCGCCGUUGCUUUUCUCACGCAAGAGUCUUUGCAGCUGGAGAAUUUUUCAAGUGCUAAGAGAGCAAAAAUACUUAACAAAUAUGGUGAUAUGAGAAGGCAGAUUGGUUUUGAAAUCAGGGACAUGUGGUAUAAUCUGGGUCAGCAUAAAAUCAAGUUCAUCCCAGAAAUGGUGGGACCUAUCUUGGAAAUGACACUUAUCCCCGAGACAGAGCUUCGAAAAGCUACGAUCCCCAUCUUCUUUGAUAUGAUGCAGUGUGAAUUUCAUUCCACCAGAAGCUUCCAGAUGUUUGAAAAUGAGAUCAUCACAAAACUGGAUCACGAAGUGGAAGGAGGCAGAGGAGAUGAACAGUACAAAGUGUUAUUUGACAAAAUUCUCUUGGAGCACUGCAGGAAGCACAAAUACCUCGCUAAGAGCGGAGAAACUUUUGUCAAACUUGUUGUCCGCCUGAUGGAGCGAUUGCUGGACUACAGGACCAUCAUGCACGACGAGAACAAAGAGAACCGCAUGAGCUGCACUGUCAACGUGCUGAAUUUCUACAAGGAAAUCGAGAGAGAAGAAAUGUACAUAAGAUACCUGUACAAACUGUGUGACCUGCACAAAGAAUGUGAUAACUAUACAGAAGCUGCCUACACAUUGCUUCUGCAUGCAAAACUUCUUAAGUGGUCAGAAGAAGCGUGUGCAGCACAUCUUACCCAGCGGGAUGGAUACCAGGCUGCUACUCAAGGACAGCUGAAAGAUCAGCUAUAUCAAGAAAUUAUCCAUUACUUUGACAAGGGCAAGGUCUUCCAUUUUAGUCUGAGAAAUGACAUUUUGGAUCCAUCACCCAAGCAGUUGGGCAUUGCGGGGAUGAAACUCCAUGCAGAACAAGAAAAUGAGGCAGCUGAUAUCGACAGAGGUGGCUGCAUGGAUUACCUGAGCAGUUCCACGUGGAUGAAUGGGAAGCUUUACUUAUUCUCUAACUCGGCAUAA